CUGUUUGUGUUCAUUGUGAUGGGUCAGUGUUCCUCCAUUGGGGGUCACCUGUAUGACUACCACUUCAUUGGAGAGAAGAAGACCUGGAAAGAAGCCCAGGAGUAUUGCAGAAAGAACCACACUGACCUGGCCACAGUGUCUAACCAGACAGACAUGAAGAGACUCCUUAACUCCACGACUGAACAGUAUCCAGACGGAGCCUGGAUUGGGCGGCAAAACAAAACAACAAACUGUGUGUGGCGCUGGUCUCAGCCAGGGGUGGAGUUCAACAAGAAACACAAUAUAUCCGGCAAAACAUUUUAUAUCAGUAACUUUACGAUGACCUGGACAGAGGCUCAGAGGUUCUGCAGAAAAACUUACACUGACCUGAUCAGUGGAGUCAACCAGCUAAAAGACUUCAAGGGACAGCAACCGGAUUAUGAACAACAGUGCCAGCCUAAUAAACCCUGCCCUUUCUGGAUCGGCCUGUUCAGAGACUCUGACUGGAGUUGGUCAGAUGGGAGCAGUUUCUCUUUCAGAUCCUGGGAUGAAGAUUCAGUGAUCCUGAUCAACCAGAGCAUGAUCUGGGAGGAUGCGUUAUACUACUGCAGAGAUCACCAUGGCGACCUUGUCUCCAUCACCAACCAGGACGAUCAGCGCUGGGUCCAGGAGAGAGCCAAGAUGGCCUCCACUCCCCACGUGUGGCUGGGACUGCGCUACACCUGCACUCUGGACUUCUGGUUCUGGGUCAGUGACGAGACGGUCCUCUACAAGAACUGGGGCCCCGGCCAGCCUGGGGACGACUGCAACAUGUCUGGAGCCAUGGACCGAGAGGGGACCUGGGUCAAAAAGAUCGACGAUGACCACAAGCUUAACUUCAUCUGUUCCAAGAACAAACCACCAAAAUGUAACUAAGUACAUU